AUGUACCUGAAAUUGCUUUAGUCGAAAUGUCAAGUUUGGAAUAGUGACACAUUCCAGACAUUUUCUUGGAAAAUCGUGCAAAGUGGCUGACACCUAGCGGUUAUCUUGUGCACUAGAGGAACGGGGAAAAUAUUCGUGACAUUAAAAAAGUAAGGUUAAGUCUUGUUUAAGGUACCUUAAAUUCCAAGAAAAAAUAUCUGAAGAAGGGUUCAAUUCCCUGGCAAAAAGUGCCCAUGGUUAGCUAUUCGAAAACAAGAAAAAAGUUAUUGCUACAAGAAACUUGCGAAAAUGCCAAAAUCGAGUUAUUUUACUGUAAAGAGUGCGAUUUUAAAACGGAACUGACGGUUUUGUUCAAACAACACGUCGAUGAAUAUCAUGGUCUUAAAAAAGAACCUGGAGACGAUUUAUCAAGUGAGAAGUUUCACAUACAAAGUUACGUUUGCGAAAAAUGCGACUUUGAAACAAAUUUCUCAUUGAAGUGGCUCCACCAUACUUUAGCAUGUCCACAGAAGAAGGAAAAUCUUGUGAGUCUUCGUCAAUCGAACAAACGGUAUGCAUGUGACCAGUGUUCAUACAAAUGUACAAGUACAGGAUCUUUAAAAGUCCACGUAAAUUACACCCAUUUGGACGAUGCGGACGCUGAGUGGCACGAAUGCGACAAAUGCCCAUUUAAAACUAAGAUAAAAAGUAACUUAAAAAGACACAUAAACAACGUCCACUUGAACGACGAAGAUGUUAAAUGGUACGACUGCAUCGAGUGUCCAUUCAGAACCAAAAUCAACGACUCGUUGAAGCGACACGUGACGCGGCAACAUCGACACGAACAAAUAAUUAAAUGGUACGAAUGUAAAAAUUGCCCGUUCAAGACUAAACAUGCAACGAGUUUAAAAAAUCACGUAAUUUCGCAACACUUAAACGAAGAAGAAGUUAAGUGGUACGAAUGUUCCCACUGUUCGUAUAAAAAUAAAAGAAAAGAUCGACUAAAAACGCAUAUAACUGUCCACCAUUUAGACACCAAAUCGUUUCAGUGUAAAUAUUGCCCAUACAAAACUAAACUGGAAAGUUACUUGAGAGAUCACACGAACAACCGACAUUCAAACGGAACCGAUGUUAAAUGGUACGAAUGUAAUCAGUGUCCGUUUAAAACUAGGUACAGCAGUUCUUUGAAGACACACACAAUUACAACACAUUCAGACGUGACGACGAUUAAGUGGUACGAAUGCGGGAAUUGUCAGUUUAAAACUAAGAACUCGUCGCAUUUGAAACGUCACGUCGUUUGUCGACACUUGGAUGAUGAGAAAGUCAAGUGGUACGAAUGCGGAGAGUGUCCUUUCAGAGCCAAACAGAACUCGAAUUUGAAGAAGCACGUGAAUUUGUAUCAUCCGGAAAAACCGGGACGGUAUGAAUGUGCGAACUGUUCAUAUAAAAGUAAUAGUAAAAUUCUGUUGAAGAAGCACGUGAAGGCCCAUUUAAAUUAGUUUAUGUUGUAAAAUAUUUGUGUUAGGACAGUUUUUUAGGUAUUUAUAGUUUGUGACUGCCGUUUUAAUAAAAUUUUCGAAAAAAGAA